AUGCUGAUCGAUAAUUUUUCACGUCUCUGCUUAAAUGAAGCCGCAAUAACCUCUACAUGGCAAGACUGGAAUGUUAUUGUCAUUCAUGAUGUUUCACAAUCUAGAAACUUUCUUAAUAUAAUGACAGAAGAGUCUCCAUUUCCAUUCAAAACUCGAGGAAAUACUGAUUUAAUUUUAGUAGAAAGAAGUUACAUUGAUGGAUUAAUCUCUACAAGCAGUAUUCAUUGUAUAAUGGAGUUCAAAAAAUCAGUACAAGAGCAACAUAUAAUGCAGGUUGUUUUGGAAAUGACUGCUGCAGAUUUUUUAACUAAUGAUGAAAUUAAAACCAUUGGAGUAUUGACAGAUUUAAAUAGUUCGUGGCAUUUAUUUUGGUUAAGUGAGGAAAAAAAAUUUAAAACGGUUAAAAUUUUAAAUCGCAAGAAAGCUAUUGAAACUAUUAGCAAAAUG